AGAAAUUUGACAUUUGGGCUCCUUUGAUUCGGAUCGGUCAGGUGCAGGAUCGUCGUAUACAGAAAUUGUGUGUCGGACGGAGAAAACGCUCCGAUCUGCGAGGAGAUCUAAUCGACAUGUCAGCUCUUUUCAACUUUCACUCUUUCUUGACCGUGGUUCUUCUAGUGAUUUGCACCUGCACAUAUCUUAAGUUGCAGUUCCCUUCAACCCUUGUGCAGAAGACAGGGUUUCGCGGGUUUUUCUGGAAGGCUGCUAGAAUUGGUGAGCGGUUAAGCCCUUGGGUAGCUGCUGGGUGCUUUACUAUGGGAGUUUCAAUUAUAUUUUUCUAAGGAAUGAUGAAGGUGCAUUUUCAUAUGUUGUGGAACUAUGUAGCUGAUUUAUAGAAUAUUGAUAUUAUUUUCUUCUUGUUGUCAAUGAUUUUUGAAAUGUCAUGCAAUCUAAUGUAUUGAACCAUUAAAAAGCUUUGUAGGUUUGAGAAGUCAUCAUAGUUACUUUGUAUA